GAAGAAGUAUUACGCAGCUUUGUUGUGGUCUAGUUUAUAAUCAGAAUCAGAAUCAGAAAAGGGUUUAUUGCCAAGUUUUCACACGAGGAAUUUGUUUUGGGGAUUGGUGCAACACAAUACGCUCAUUUGUAUCGUACCUGAGCCGGUAUUUAAUGCAACUUCCCAGGGUUUUGUAGUAGUUUGUUGCAGAGGAGACCCAUGGCUUUCGCGGUGCCGGUGUGGCUGGCGGUGCAGCAGGAGCUGAGCAGACACAGCGAGGAGGACCCGGCAGAGCCGAGCUGUCUGGAGGACUUCGACGACGAGACUCUGUUCCAGCUGUUCCACCUCACCAGACCGUGCAUCGCCUUCAUCAUGGACGCCAUCCGCAUCCGCAUGAAGACGGUGACCUCCAGGAAGCCGCUGCCCUCCGUGGAGGCGAUGGUGAUGGUGGCGCUCAACUACUACGCGCACGGCGUGUUCACGCCCGUGGUGCUGCAGAAAGCAGGAGUCAACCAGUCGGUCAGCAUCACCAGCACGACCAGCACCGUGUCCGGCGUGAUCGCCGGCAUGUCCGACGUGUUCAUCUCCUUCCCGCUGACCGUGGACGCCAGGAACAGGACCGCCGGGAAGGUGGAGCAGUUCUGCGGGAUCCCCAGCGUGCUGGGGGUCGUGGCUCCGGCCCACUUCAAGAUCCGGGCGUCCCCCUACGAGAGGGACUCCUUCAAGUCCUUCAUCAACGCCCUGGGAUACACGUCGGUCGUCAGCCAGUUCAUCUGCGACUCGGAGGGCAACAUCCUGAGCGUGGAGAAGUGCUGCGUGGGCAGCACCUUCGAGCAAGACCUGUGGGACCUGUCGUUCAAGGGGAGGGAGGUGGAGGAGGAGCUGCACGGACCCUUCUGGUUCAUCGGUGGAAAAGGCUACAGCUUGACCAAACAUAUCUUAACACCUGUAUCGCAGCCUAAUGACAGCGAGCUCAGCUUCAAUGAUGCCCACGCAAAGAUCCACAAUGUCAUGCGACAAACACUGGGCUCCAUGAAGAGGCGUUUCAAGUGUCUGAUGCAACUUGGCUUUGCAGAAGAAGGGUCUUUGAACAAAAAGUCCAACAUUAUCAAGGCAUGCAGUGUACUACACAACAUUGCUAAAAAGUUCUCAGUCCCCCCUCUGCCUGAAGAUGUCAAUUUUGAGCCUCUGUAUCCGGGCAAACCGCAUUCAACUGCAGCAGAGAUCAACCCUGAGGCACUACAGGCCAGAAAGGAACUUAUUGAGAGGAACUUCUCUGUCCUCACCAGUAAACAGGACCUGAAAGAUGGCGAUGCCAAUAAACUGAGCCCAACGGACAGCAAUACCGCACAGGAGGAUAUGUAAACAGUGCGAUUGUGUUUAGAGAGUUACAGUGGCACAUGAAGGACAAAUGCCAAGCGGUCACCUUGCACUGUAAGAUUUAUACACGUAAAAAUAAGCUGUGAUUCUGUCCACUUUGACAGAAAUAUGUACAGAUCCUAAAAUACUUUGCUUUUCAUUGCAUUUGGAAACUUGGUAUUUUUAUGAAUACAAAGUAUUUUAUUUCUUGUAUAAAUUAUUUUUUGACAUCAUUUAUUAUCAACAAUUAAAAAUAUGAUCUAGUCACAUGGAGUGUAAACUCAUUAUAAUAACAAUAAUAUUGGUACAAAAUUGGCAAAUAGGAAUAAAAGCAUAAUACAUAAAAUCUCAAAAGGAUUUUGCAUACGCAGUAAAUAAAUAUUUAAAUGUAUUCAACAUUUCACGUAUAACAGCUUCUUGAAAAUAUAAUCAUUUUUUAAAUUUAGUGCAUAAGUCAUUAGGUUUAUGUUAAUGAAGCUGUUGGAGGGCCGUGGCAUUUUCAUAUAUCACAACAUUCUCAUAUAUGUUGUCUUCGGGACUCUCAUUUGAUUGCAGACUGUCCAUGAUACACUGGUGCAGGAAAACAUACUGCGACUGAAAAGAAAUUCACAAAAGUUUUUGGUUAAUUUAACUGCAGAGCUCUUGCGUGAGUGUACUACCCCAGAGAAAUGAGGUUUGGAAUAAUGUCAACAUAGCAUUUCGGUUUCCACUUAGAAUUAAGCAUUUAUGAAGUUCACAUAAGUAAAGGUAGAUUGAUGAUUAUAUUUAAAGUUUCUCCUUGAUGCCUCAAAGUACUGGUGUUGUUACACCAUUAUUAGGGCUGGGCGAUAUGGACCAAAAGUCAUAUCUCGAUAUUUUCUAGCUGAAUGGCGAUACUCGAUAUAUAUCUCGAUAUUUUUUCUGUGACAUAAUUGGGGUUUCCCCCAAAAGCAUUAUAGCAUAGCAUCUCUGUUAGCUUCAGUUUUUUCUGAGGCAAACCCUUAAAAAAACAGUCAGUUUUAAUACAAAGCCUCGUGCCAAAUGUCACACAGGUUCCUUUGUUAACAGAGGUCUGCACAAUAUCAAAAUGUAUAAAACAAAUGAAAUAAAAAUAAACUUCCUGCAUAUAUAGAAUAAAAAUGCUUCUUGAAUAAAAUAAAACAAAUAUCCCUUUCCUGCAUAACAAUUAAAUUAAAAUACACUGUACAAUUAAUACAGUGUAGACAGUAACAGGCAGACUUUUCAACUGAGAUAGUAACAAAACAAAAUAAGCUAUAUAAAAAAAAAAAAGAUUUUUUUUUUUUUUAAAUCGAUAUAAACGAUAUUGUCUCGUACCAUAUCGCGUUUGAAAAUAUAUCGAUAUAUAUUAAAAUCUCGAUAUAUCGCCCAGCCCUAACCAUUAUGAAUCCUUAUAACAGGAUUCAAUAAAGAUAUAUUGCUCUGGUGUCCAGGAUUGUAAACUAUUCUUACAGAUUGACAUUAAAAAACAUUAGGAUUAUCAUAAAAUUAUAUGAAUAAGCAGCAGCAGCAGCAUUAAAGAUCUCAGCACAACGUACAUGCAGUAUAUGGUGUGAUGUUGGUGCUUUUAGUGUAUGUAGCUGUGUCAAAAUAUAGUACUAACUAGGCAAAUAACUAACAAAGACAUAAAACAGUCCGAUGCAGCUAAAACAGUUUUACCUCUGUCUGCACCAUGUAGGGACGGUUGAGUCUCAUCUUGUGAACAAAGGACUUGAUGUCAACUAUUUGCUCUUUCUGUAGCUGCUGAAGUAGCACAUCCAGGGCGAUGAUAGUCCCUGUCCUCCCCACUCCAGCGCUGCAAGCGAGAGACAACACAGAACAAGUUUCAUCAGAGUGGAUCUUGAUUAUUUCAAAAGGGACGUGAAAAAAGCAAACGGUCUGAGCUGAGAGCAUAUCACUGUAAGUUUGACUGAAGUGAUUACCACCUUUAUUUAGUUCACUAGGUGUCCUCAGUGUUUUCCAGGUGAACCAUCUCCAAAUUGGUCUGUUUGUUCAUGGCUCACUUGGGAAAACCCUUCCCCCUUUCUUCCAUAAUAUUUUUAGUCACAACUCACAAGUACAUACCUAUCCAACACGCAGCUCUAAUCACCUCAGACCCUCAAAGACUCGCACAUCACAAUCUCAGUUUAAUAUUGGUUUCAGAGGAUCAAAAAUAUGGAACUCAUUACCUUCAUACCUAUGGCAAUUCUCAUCCAAUCAAAUAAAAAAAGCUCUAAAAUCAACUCUUUUAAACAAUAAAUACUUCCCAUACGGUCUUCCAACUUAACCAGGUGUACCAAAUCUUAUCAUUUUUAUUGAUUUUUGUUUAAUGUUUCUGUAUUUAGUUUUACUAACCCCCCCCCCCCCCCCAUUUGUUAUAAAUUGUAUCUGCUUUCCAAUGCUCUGGAUGUAUCUAAAUGGAGAAAGCCACUUCUCAAGCCCCUGGAGGGUUUUUAGGCUUUCUCCUUCACAUUUCUUUCUACUUUU